UGCAGAUCUUUCUUUUAUGUUCUCUACGAUCUGGCCUGAGGGACCUGAAUAUUUGGUGAAAUAAGCCACCAUGGGUAGAAUGAAGCUUCUCGCCAGACUGCUGGCCCUCAAAUCUUUUAGUGCCCCUGGACUGCCUUACAGAGUCAGGAGUUACAGCGGAGCAGCAUCCCUGGAUUUUGCAGACUACGAAGCCUUCCUCAGCGAUGUGCCAGAGCAUUUCAAUUUUGCAAGUGACGUGCUGGAUAAAUGGAGCCAAAAGGAGAGGGAGAGAAAGAAUUCUUCCAAUCUGGCAUUGUGGUGGAUAAAUGACAGAGGGGAUGAGGUUCGGUGGAGCUUUGAGGAGCUGGGAGUCUUAUCCAGGAGAGCUGCCAACAUGCUGUCCAGUGCUUGCAAUCUACACAAAGGGGAGAGAAUCCUCGUCAUCCUGCCACGGAUACCAGAGUGGUGGGUUGUAAAUGUGGGCUGCAUAAGAGCAGGCAUCGUCUUUAUUCCAGCUACAGUCUUACUGAGUGCUAAAGACAUUCUGUUCAGGCUUCAAGCCUCCAAAGCCAAAAGUAUCAUCACAAACGAUGCCAUAGCGCCGUUAGUGGAUUCUGUAGCAUCCAACUGCCACCACCUGAAAAGCCGGAUCCUGGUUUCUGAAGGCAGGAGAGAAGGAUGGCUGCAUUUCCAAGACCUGCUCAAAACUGCAUCCGAUGAGCACCAGCCUGUCAAAACAAGGAGUCAAGACCCAAUGACUAUCUACUUCACCAGUGGCACCACGGGUUAUCCCAAAAUGGUGGAACAUUCCUGUUGCAGUCUUGGACUGGGAAUGACAGUAGGGGCAAGGACCUGGAUGGGCUUGAAUCCUGAAGACAUGAUAUGGGGUCUGUCUGAUACCGGCUGGAUAAAGUUUAUCUUUGCAAGUGUGCUUGCUCCUUGGCUUCAGGGAUCUUGUGUCUUUGCCCACAGCAAGCAGCAGUUUGAGCCAACAACUGUUCUAAAAGCUCUUGCCAGUUAUCCUGUGACAAUUUUCUGUGGCACGCCGACUAUUUUCCGCAUGCUUUUGCAGCAUAAUGUGAGCAGCUAUCACUUCAAGAGCCUGAAGACCUGUUUAAGUGGUGGGGAGCCAAUGAACCCUGAAACGAUGGAACAGUGGAAGGCCCAGACAGGACUGGAGAUCCAAGAAGGCUACGGGCAGACUGAGACUGCCAUUCUAUGUGCAACAACGAAAGGGAUGAAAAUCAAGCCAGGUUCCAUGGGAAAGCCAUGUCAACCCUUCGAUGUCCAGAUAAUUGAUGAACACGGAAAUCACCUGCCUCCUGGGGAAGAAGGUGACAUCGCUGUUAAGAUUAAACCGAAGAGGCCUUUGGGUCUCUUCACCGGCUAUGUGGAUGAUCCAGAGAAAACGGCCUCAACAGAGCGCGGGGACUUCUACAUCACUGGGGACAGAGGACUUAUGGAUGAAGAAGGAUAUAUCCAAUUUAUUGCACGAGCUGACGACAUUAUAUUAUCUUCUGGGUACCGCAUUGGGCCAUUUGAAGUGGAAAAUGCCUUGGCAGACCACCCAGCUGUGGCCGAAUCGGCUGUCGUCAGCAGUCCAGAUCCCAUUAGAGGAGAGGUUGUGAAGGCAUUUAUCAUCCUGUCUCCUGCCUAUCAGUCAAACGAUAAAGAAAAAUUAAUUUUGGAGCUGCAGGAGCAUGUCAGAAAAGUUACGGCUCCGUACAAAUAUCCCCGGAAGAUAGAGUUUGUUCAACAACUACCCAAGACCAUCUCUGGAAAAACUCAAAGGAAGGAGCUGAGGAAGAAGGAGUGGGGAAAGGCCUAAUUGUGCUCUGAAGCUAAAAAAAAAAAAUCCCCCCAACAGGACUGGUUUUUCUCUGCCACUUGGGUUGUCUCUAUGGUUAUUCCACUGCUACCAUUAAUAGCGCUCCAUAGCCUUGUGUGUGGGAGGGUAACAGAAUAUUCACUCUCCAUUAA